AAGAGAUAGAAGAGGGGGGUUGGAAAAGGUACAUAUAGGGGGGACAACAGGAAGUGGCUUCAGUACUAACCUUUUUUGUUUCAGGAGCUGCUUGUAGCUGAUGCAGAAGAAGUUGCUGAAGAUGACGGCCAGAAGCAGGAGAAUUCCCAAACGGUUCCUUACAGAUGAUGAGACCCUCUGGAAGACGAGAGCAAUCCGGGCUCAGAAGAGAUUGAAGCUCCUGGAAAAAAGGCAGGGAGAGAAACAGAAGAAGCAGGAGACGGUCUUGGAGCAGAAGGCAGCGGUAACCCCCCCUGAGAGAGAGCGGAUGCAAGAGGGUAACAAGAGAGACAAAGUGGGUAAAGUGAACAAUGGAGCAGGUGACAAAGAGGUCGAAGGGAGCACGACAGCGCCGCAGGGAAUGGCGGCAGCAGACAAGGAAGGACAAGACGGGCAUCGUGUGAGCCAUAAGAAACACGGUAAGCAAAUGUAUUAUAGUGACAGUAGUGAAUCUUCGUCAGAUAGUUCCACGGAUGAUGACUUUGAGGAUGAUAAGCGUAAUGGGAGGGGGCAUAGAAAAAUCUUGAAAAUUGUAAGAAAGUUAUAUGCUAAGCAAGAGAAAAAUAAGGUGGUGAAGGAAGGGUAUGAGGACGAGGACAGCAGUGAUAAUGUGGUGAAUUUAGACGAUGAAGUAGCAGCGACCAAGCUCUUACCCCUUCCCACACAUUUAAAAGCGAAGGUUGUUAGGAAAGCGCAGAGAGGACGGUAUGUGGAUGUGUUUGAAAUGACUAGGGAAGCUUUGGCGGUCAAAUCUAAUGAGGGAAGGGGGAGAAAGGCAAAGCAGACAUUUCCAGAAUGGGUGAAAGGGAUGGUCAUAUAUGCAGAAUGUUUUCUAACGGCCAAUCCAGAUAAGAUGAAAGGGGUUCUGAGAUACAUACAUUUAAUAGCGGAAUGCUACACCACAUACGGGGGUUUCGCAUGGAAGGAUUAUGAUAGGGAAUUUAGGAAAGGAAAUAUACAAUUGGGAGGUAAAGGUAGGAAGGAUUUUGGGGUAAAAAUACUAGAUACGUGGACGAGGGUGAUGAAGGUCCCUGAAGCACAAGGUAGGCCCAUAGGGCAAGGGAAAACAUUCAGAACAGAGGCAAAGGAAUGCUGGGCGUUUAAUGACAAGAGGUGCGACAGGGGGAAUUCAUGUAAAUAUAAGCACGCAUGUAGGCAUUGUGGCGGAGCGCACCCAGGAGUGGAUUGUAGGAAGGGUAAUGCCAAUAACAAUAGCAAGUUUUCCUUUCGAGGGCACGGGGGCAACGGUAGCGGAGGAGGAAUGGCGGGUAAUGGCCAAAACACCGCUGAGGGUAGAUAGGAUCAUUGAGGAAUUGGCAAUGUACCCGCUGAAAGAGGAAAGGAUUUUGUUAACAAACGGUUUGCGUGUAGGUUUUGUGGUCCCAGUUAAAACAGAAGUUAAAGGGGCUAUGCAGGCGAGAAAUUUAAAAUCUGCAGCAGAAUUUCCAGGAGUACUAGCGGAAAAAUUGAGGAAGGAGGUUAAAUUGGGGAGAAUGGCAGGGCCAUUCAAAGAGAAGCCGUGUGCUGACUUGAU